CGCUUCCGCGCGGCGCGGCGGGACAGGGAUUUCCGGGAGCGGCGCGAGAGCGGCGGCAGCGAUGGGCGCCGGGACGGAGCCGCGACACGACACGGCGGAGGGGAAGGUCUACCUGGACCACAACGCCACCACCCCGCUGGCCCCCGAGGUGGCCCAGGCUGUGCAGGACGCCAUGCGCCAGGCCUGGGGCAACCCCAGCAGCUCCCACCCUGCAGGCAGGAAGGCGAAGGAGCUCAUCGGCAGCGCCCGGGAGAGCCUGGCGAGGAUGGUGGGAGCCCGGCCGGAGGACAUCGUCUUUACGUCGGGGGGCACAGAGGCAAACAACAUGGUGAUCCAGACCGCCUGCAAGCGCGUCCGCGGAAGCCAGCCCGGGCCUGGGGACAGUGGGGGGACGCCGCACGUGGUGGCGUCGAGCGUGGAGCACGACUCCAUCCGCCUGCCGCUGGAGCAGCUGGUGAAGGAAAGCGUGGCGGAAGCCACCUUCGUGGCCGUGUCCCCACAAAGCGGGCAGGCUGAGGUGGAUGACGUCCUCGCCGCCAUCCGGCCGACCACCUGCCUGGUUUCCAUCAUGUUGGCCAAUAACGAGACUGGGGUCAUCAUGCCUGUAACAGAGCUGAGCCAGCACCUCCGCGCCCUCAAUCAGCAGAGAGCGGCCGCGGGGCUGCCCAGGAUCCUGCUGCACACGGACGCGGCGCAGAUGGUUGGCAAGGGGCGUGUGGACGUGCAGGAGCUGGGGGUGGACUACCUCACCAUCGUGGGACACAAGUUCUACGGCCCGCGGAUCGGUGCACUGUAUGUGCGUGGCCCCGGCACCACCACCCCACUGCACCCCAUGCUCUUCGGAGGGGGACAGGAGAGGAGUUUCCGGCCAGGCACCGAGAACACCCCGAUGAUCGCUGGCCUUGGCCAGGCUGCAGAGUUAGUGAGCAAGAACUGGGAGGCCUACGAGGCUCACAUGCGGGAUGUUCGGGAUUACUUGGAGGCCAGGCUGGAGGCUGCCUUUGGGAAGCAGAGGAUCCACUUCAACAGCCGCUUUGCGGGCUCUAAGCGACUCUGCAACACCUCUAACUUCUCCAUCCUGGGCCCAGGCCUUCAAGGGCGAAGGGUGCUGUCCCGCUGCAAGGUGCUUCUCGCCAGCGUUGGGGCUGCCUGCCACUCGGAGAAAGGGGAUCGGCCCUCCUCGAUUCUGCUCAGCUGCGGGAUCCCCUAUGCCGUGGCGCAGAACGCCUUGCGGCUGAGCGUGGGGCGAGACACCACCCGGGCAGACGUGGACCUGGUUGUACAGGACCUUGUGCAGGCUGUGGCGCAGCUGGACCAGGACCAAACCCCGUAGACCCCAGGAAUCGCUCCCCGGCUAUCACUCAGGUUCUCAGGGUGGGAUUGUACCCUGGUUCAAUUUGGCCUCAAGUUUUGGCAGGAUCGGUUUUGCACCCGAUCCUAAGUCGAACUGACCCAGCCUGCAGUUUGUGACUGUGGAUCAAAUGCUGGGGAAGCGGCAGCUGGUGGUGGCAGGAGGGGAAGGUGGCAGGAGCGCGCUCUUCGGUGUGCUCAGCCGUACAGCCACCCGCUCACAGGGAUCCCAGCGGGGCUGGCGCAGCUCGGCAGCAUGCACAGCUGGGGCGGAGAAGCUAGCACAGGCGCCGGGGGCAGGAGGGAGCUGUGCUGAGGAGGGGGCUUUGCUGCUUUGGGGUUGGGGCAGCUCACCCUGAGCUCGCUGGCCCCCACUGCACGGGGCAGGCGUUGAGGGAGCCUCGCCGUCAAGGUGCUCCUCGCUUGGCAGCACGGACCCAGGCUGGCACGGCAGAGUCUCAAAGCUCGACUCCCUCCCGAGUGCCACAGGCGUGGAAGCCACAGGAGAUGCAGCCUCUUGCCCUGGUCGCUGUCCACAAAGGAAGCUUUCCCGUCGUCUUCCUCACUCAGAGGAGGAAAGACCAUCUGCCCCAGAGGGAAACAAGGAGUUGGUAGAGGCACAGCAAAAUGCUGGGCUGGAAACUGCCCUGCCCCUAAGCUACCAAAGGCUUUUUUGUGGCUUGCAAGGUGUUGAGCACGGCUUUCCCAGCUCUGCAUUGUGUUACCCGUUCCCCUUCCUCUUGUCCUUCCCACAGAGCUCCUGUUGCUGGCUCCACAUGCUCCUAAAGGAAACGGAGUUGUUGGGGCAGCUGUAACUGUGCAAGCACCUGAGGAAACACGUCUUCCCUCCAUGGCCCAGGCGGUCGCUCUCACCCCUGACACAGGAGGACACAAGUGUCACGCAGAUUAGGAGCGUUGCUGGCUGGGCUGACUGCUGUGGGGGAACCUGGUCUUCUGCAUAUUCAUAGGAAUAAAAAUGAUUGCAGCUGC